AUGAUGCUGCUUGUUUUUUUCGCGCUGGUCGCAUGGUCGGCUGUGAGUGUGGCCUCCGCGAUGCGUGAGGAUACCAUGCGCACCACCUACGACUAUGCUUCAUUGAAUACUACUCAUUUUGACUUAAACGUGAGCAUGAGAUCAAGUAAUUUUGACGACACACUUGAAGAGAGAACAAAGGAUAUUGGCGAUAUCUUGAAGAGCUUUCAAUCAGAUAUGUUUGAAUCACUUGAAGGUUUGGAUAAGCAAGACAAGCUAUCGCUAUUUAAUAAUGUCAAGGUAAGGGUUUUUAAACUCACCCCCGACAAGUUAACAAACAGCUGGCUAGCCCAAUUCAGGAUAUCGUUGGCGGAAUUGUACGAAACUUCAAUACAUGUGGUAGACAAGGCGAUAUUCGAGCCAGUAGCACAUAAGUUGAAGAACGAUCAUGCUCUCGCCAGUGCUUUAGUUUUGAAAAAGAAUAAAUUCGGUAAGAAAGGGGAAGCUAAAUUACUGCUAGCCUCUCAGAUCAAGAAGUGGAUAAAGGACGGGCAAAAUGAGGCAGAGGUAUUUAAGCUUUUGCAGCUCGAUCAGCCAAAAAAGAAUCCUUUCACAAACCCAAUCAUUUCCCAGUGGCUCGCUUUUGUAAAGACCAAAUACUCCGUCCCUAAGGCCAAAAGCAAUGCGAGCACUUACAAGAAAGCCAGGAACAAACGUAAUAAGAAGAUGUUUAACGUUUUGGAAAAACAUUACGAGGGCGAUGAUCUGACCGAUUUUCUAGUUGUGGGAGCAAAAUCGGGUAUCGGUCCGUUGAAACACCUCGCAAGAAGUUUGCUGGACUAUCGAAUCGCGAAGUGGGUCCAUGACGACAACAUAUCUGACAGAGAGGUUUUCGACCUUUUGCAGCUCCACAAGACGAAAGACAACCCUUUGAAAAGCCCGGUCUUUUUCAACUGGGUUAAAUUCGUCCGGGAUCGAUACCGUAACCCAGAAAAGGCAGAUAAGGUGAUGCUUGACGUACUGUUAUCGUAUUUCGAAAGCAAGGAUGCUUUGGUGGAUGUUUUAGACGACAGAAUUAAAGCAAUCGAUGCAAUCAACAAUUUUGGAAACAGGAUUGCAGAAACUUCCGAAAGUGCAAAAGGAUUCGAAAAAAGUUUGCCGAAACCUUUGAAACUGCAAAAAGCUUUGAAAAAGCGAUCGCCGAAACCUUCGAAACCGCAGAAUUCUGACCUGGAAGAGCGUCCACCAAUAUCAACACCAGCACCACCAGCAGCAUCAGCAAUAGCAUCAACAUCAGCGUCAGCGCCAGCAGUAGCACCAGCACCGGAAGCAUCAGCAUCAACAUCAGCGCCAGCAUUAGCACCAGAAGUAGCACUAGCACCGGAAGCACCAGCAUCAGCACUACCAGAAGCUCCACCAGAUGCCUCACCUGAAGCCCCACUAGAAGCACUAGCAGAAGCACCACCAGAAGCACUAGCAGAGGCAUCACCAGAAGCACUAGCAGAGGCAUCACCAGAAGCACUAGCAGAAGCGGAUGCCCCACCAGAAGCCCCACCAGAAGUACUAUCAGAAGCACGACCAGAAGCACGACCAGAAGCACUAGCAGAAGCAGAAGCAAGACCAGAAGCACCAGUGAGCAAGCUACCGGUUGAAAGUUUCGACUCGGAAGAGCAUCCAACGGCGGGACGACAAAAAGGCCUUAACUUGAAUGCGCUACCGGUUGAAAGUAACACUUUAAACGAGCUACCGACUGAAAGUUUGGACUCGAACGAGCUACCAGCUGAAAGUCUCGAUUCGCUAAAGCUUCCACCGAAGAAACGGAAGAUAACUCACGUCAUGAUCGAGCUACCGGCGAAACAGCAGAAAGGUUUGGACUCGAACGAGCUACCAACUGAAAGUAACACCUUAAACGAGCUACCGACUGAAAGUUUGGACUUGAACGAGUUACCAGCUGAAGGUAUCAACUUAAACGAGCUACCAGCUGAAAGCUUCGACUCGGUAAAGCGUCCACCGGCAAAACGGAAGAUAACUCACGACAUGAGCGAGCUACCGGCGAAACAGCCGAAAGGUUUGGACUCGAGCGAGCUACCAGCUGAAGGUAACACCUUAAACGAGCUACCGACUGAAAGUUUGGACUUGAACGAACUACCAGCUGAAAGUUUCGACUCGGUAAAGCGUCCUUUGGCGAAACGGCAGAAUGGUUUGGACUCGAGCGAGCUACCAGCUGAAGGUAACACCUUAAACGAGCUACCGACUGAAAGUUUGGACUUGAACGAGCUACCAGCUGAAAGUUUCGACUCGGUAGAGCGUCCUUUGGCGAAACGGCAGAAAGGUUUGGACUCGAGCGAGCUACCAGCUGAAGGUAACACCUUAAACGAGCUACCGACUGAAAGUUUGGACUUGAACGAACUACCAGCUGAAAGUUUCGAGGCUAUACCGGAGUCAACUUGA